UCAUGACCCCCGAGGCACCACGCAAAAGAAUGCGUAAUUGUGGAAGCCGAUGAGCAGAUGAAACUGGAGGGAAAGAGUGUUAUGUUAGCCCAUUUUUACAUUGAAACCAACCCUAUAAUCCAGGCGUCUGCUUCUUUAAGCAGUGUGAUUUGUUGCAACGUCGCAAUAAAAUCAAUUAUCAAGUUCAGAUGCAUCGACUUCUUGCGGUUGUACUGUAGUUCUAACCGGAAAGGAAUUGGGUGUAAGUGUGGAGAGGAAUUCGGUGAUGGCGGUGGGGUUGCCGCUGGAUUUGCGGGACUUCCUUCUCCGAGCUCGUGUGCUGAGGCUUUAUCGACAAGCUCUCAGGACCAUUCGUAGAGCUCCCGUUGACUCUAGAGCUGAAUUGAGGGAUAUCAUUAGACAAGAGCUGGAAACCAACAGGAAUUGCAAUGACAAGCAGAAAAUUCGGUUUUUGAUUAGCGAUGGAUUACAAAGAUUGAAAGGACUGGAUGAGACGCUCGAUAUGCAAGGUCGUCGUGGCUAAUGUAUUGUACUUUCCUGAUGUGUUCUAUGGGGAAUUGUCACCGUUAUCUUGAAGGCUCAUCAUCUUCUCCUUCCUGCCACAUCCUUUAGACAGACAGAUAAGUCACAAUUGAUAGGUAUGCUCCUCCUCCUCCUCCUCAGAUGAAAGCCAUUUUAGAAAAGCUUUUGCAGAUUGUCGGCCCCUUUCAUUUCUUGAUGCUGGAUGUCAAGGCCUAAAUGGUUUUGGCAGAAAUUAUCGAAGUCAAUAUGUAAUGACAUGUUAGGUCUCUGACCAAUUCCUUGAAUGCUGGCUGUUGAACUAAUUCUUUGAUGCUGGAUAUCAUACUUCGAACAAUCUUGGUGGUUGUGACUCCGGGUGUCUAAUGGUAAAUCCAGAUCCCAUUUCUGCCACUAGGGUUUGUAACAUUUGAAAAAGAAAAUUCAGCAACUCUCCUGUUCUUAUA